AUGUUGGCUCCAGCAACCGUGGUUCCUCUCUGGCUCGGCAGUAGAAUACCUGCUGAUGGUGUGAGCCUGGCGGUGGCGGACUGCCUCGUGCUGGUGGCGUCGGUGCCCAACGAGAUCCUCAGCUACUACCUGGUGGGCAACCAGUGGCUGUGGGGAGACGUGGGCUGCGCCGCCUUCGUCUUCUGCCAGAACCUCGGCAUCAACGCCAGCGCGCUCAGUCUGGUCGCCUUCACCGUGGAGCGCUACAUCGCCAUCUGCAGGCCCCUACGGGCGCACGCGCUGUGCUCGGUGUCGCGGGCGCAGCGCAUCUCGCUGCUGGCGUGGGCCCUGGCGGCCGCCUACAGCGCGCCCUGGCUGGCGCUGACGUCGACGCGGCCGCUGCGCUACCGCGGCCUGCCCGAGCUGCGCGCCUGCGACUUCCGGCUGCCCCGCGCCCACUACCUGCUCUACUUCUUCUGCGACCUGCUCGCCUUCUACGUGGCGCCGCUGCUGCUGUCCUGCGUGCUGUACGCGCUCAUCGCGCGCGCCCUCUUCCGCCGCGGCGCCGCCGCCUCCGUGGUGAAGAUGCUGGCGGCCGUGGUGGUGGUGUUCGCGACGCUGUGGCUGCCCUACCGCGGCCUCCUCGUCUACAACUCGUUCGCCACGCUCUUCUCCGGCACCAAGUACAUGGACCUGUGGUUCCUGCUGUUCGCCAAGACCUGCGUCUUCAUCAACAGCGCCAUCAACCCGAUCCUGUACAACGCUAUGUCUGGCAAGUUCCGGCGCGCCUUCCGCAAGACGCUGGUGCGAUGCGCGCGCCGGCUGCACUGUGGCAUCGUCGCUGUUUUCCGACAGCACACCUCGAAGGUGAUGGCAUCUGACCUGACCGUGGAAGAACGCGUGAAGUGUGCAGUUCUGGCCGCAUCAACACAGUUCAGGCUGGGCGCGUCACCUGUCACCCAGAGGCACCAGACGCAGCGACGUGACAGCUGCUCUCCGCCGACUUCCGCCAUCGAUACGCAGUUGAGGAGACUCUAA